AUGCGCGCAGACAAGGGCCCAGUCAAGGGCGAGGCCGUCUUUAAAUGGGUCGUACACGAGCUUACGCCGGUGGAAGAGAUUGCGAAUGAGCUCGAUAAGGAUCUUAUGAACGGAGAGCUGGAGAUUGAUGCCUUGAAGACCUGGCUGGCGAGCAUAAAUCCCGCGGAAUACCGCAAGAGAGUCAUGUAUCAACGCGCGCAGUCGGACCCGGCCAGCUACACCGAUCCAGAGGAUCAUUUGCGCCGCGCCCUGGCGGCCGUAGAUUGUGCGGAGGCGGCGUUGAGAGCGGCAGAAGCAAGAAUGCAUGUGCUCAAAUCGUACCGUCAAGCGUACCCAUAUCCUAGAGGGAUUCUGGGACAUAUAACAGAGGCAGAGGAAAUGAUCAGGAGUGGACGCAUUGCUGUCAGCACCGUCAAAGACGAGAUUGAACUUAUUUGGGACCGAAAUAGGCGCGCUAUUCAUGACGAUGUAUUCAAGUGAUCGGUCCGCCUUUUCUUUUCUUGCGCCUACUCGAUCACCUUGACCUUCGUACACAUACUUGGUGGAUAUAAGAGGAUGCUCACCAAGGAGAAACGUUGGUCUUUGGCUUGGUGAAAGGUUGAACCGUGGUAUCAGAUGGUUCACAGAAGCUGAAGUGAUCUUAUCUUGUCCCAACUUGCUGCACGAUUUGGAGGUAAGCCCACUGCCUGUAUCAUCAUCGAUCCGUAUCUCGCUCAUCUGUAACACUACCGACAAGGUCAACUGACAGUGUGGGUCAAGUGAGGCCCCAAUGAGCUCUUUGAGAAAGGAAAAAGAGGCCAAGAAUGGUAGACCUUGGAUUCUUUGGUAAAGGAAGUCAAUUCAAAGGGCUAAGGCAUAUGCAAACGUCAGAUGAAGACUGCGCAUAAGAGCUAUCAACUG